CUCUGGAUCAUUACGUCCGACUUCUUCUCCUACGCUUCAUCACAUCUCCCAUUUCCCCACCCCCCUUACUAUGUUUAUCCUCUCUUCUUCUUCUUCCUUACCUUCUCCUCUCUCUCUCUCUUCCUCUAGGGUUUCUCUCCCUCCUCCCUCCUCCUCUUCUCUCAAUCUCCUCCCCCUUUCUCCCCACUUCCAACCUCCCAACCUCGCCUGCUCCUGCUCCGUUGCUUCCAGAUCAACGGCGGAGCUUCUGCACGACUUCAAGCACUCCGCCCAUACCGCUGCCUCCGCUGAUGAAGCGAGGAAUCACCUGCCGCAUUCCCGCGCAUUCCUUGAUGUUCGCUCUGAACAAGAGUUGCUCUCCUACAUCAGGAGGGAGGCAGAAGCUGGAAAGCUGCCUUCAAAUGUUGCUGCAGGAAUGGAAGAAUUGUAUCAGAAUUAUAAAAAUGCCGUUCUUAAGAGUGGAAAUCCAAAGGCAGAUGAAAUUGUUUUGUCUAACAUGACUGUUGCAUUAGAUCGCAUAUUGCUGGAUGUGGAGGAACCUUUUGUCUUCUCACCACACCACAAAGCAGUUCGAGAGCCUUUUGAUUACUACACGUUUGGUCAGAACUAUGUCCGUCCACUGAUUGAUUUUGGAAAUUCAUUUGUUGGUAACCCUUUUCUUUUCAAGGAUAUAGAGGAGAAGCUCCAUCAGGGUCACAAUGUUGUCUUGAUAUCAAAUCAUCAGACUGAAGCAGAUCCAGCUAUUAUUUCAUUGUUGCUUGAAAAGACAAGUCCAUAUAUUGCUGAAAACAUGAUUUACGUAGCAGGGGAUAGAGUUAUUGUAGACCCUCUUUGCAAGCCCUUCAGCAUUGGAAGAAAUCUUAUUUGUGUUUAUUCAAAAAAGCACAUGUUUGAUAUUCCCGAGCUUGCAGAAACAAAAAGGAAAGCAAACACACGAAGUCUAAAGGAGAUGGCUUUACUUUUAAGGGGUGGAUCGCAACUAAUAUGGAUUGCACCAAGUGGUGGCCGGGACCGAUUGGAUCCAUCAUCUGGAGAAUGGUCACCAGCACCCUUUGAUGCUUCUUCAAUGGACAACAUGAGAAGGCUCAUUCAACACUCGGGUGUUCCUGGGCAUUUGUGUCCCCUUGCUUUAUUAUGUUAUGACAUCAUGCCACCUCCUUCAAAGGUAGAAAUUGAAAUUGGAGAAAAAAGAGUGAUUUCCUUUAAUGGGGUGGGUUUGUCUUUGGCUCCUGCAAUCAGCUUCGAGGCCAUUGCUGCUACCCACAGAAAUCCUGAUGAGGCUAGGGAGGCAUACUCAAAGGCUCUGUUUGAUUCUGUGUCCAUGCAAUAUAAUGUGCUCAAAGCGGCUAUUUACGGCAGACAAGCACUAAGAGCAUCAACUGCAGAUGUCUCUUUGUCACAACCUUGGAUCUAGUCGUUUGCAAUCGUUUUUCUAGAUCAGUUCAUUAUAUAAUCAGCUCAUGACAUAAUUUGACACAAUUUUGCGACUCACAGAACAACACUGGUCAUUCAAUUCGUGCACGAACUGUAAGAGGAAAUCAAUUCUGUCACUCGUCAUCGACGUCUCGAGGGAAUUUUGCUGAUUUACAGGCCUGUCCCUACCCCAAGGCAUGUGCAUUUCAAUAGACAUUGAAGCUGCCUCAAAUGCUUGGCCUCUUGGUAAUGUACAGAUCCUUCAUCUCUUAGGAUGGACUCAUUUUAUUAUAUAUAGGUGUAUAUGUUCACUACCAUUUUCAUGUUUAUAUAUCUUAGGAAUCAUUAAUUUUCAAUUUGUACCAUUUCUUCU